AUGGCUCGACCAACCGGCCUCAUUGCAUCAGAGGGCAUCGAGCUCCUCAGCUGGGGCACACCCAACGGCGUCAAAGCCCAUAUACUUCUUGAAGAGCUCCGCGAUGCAUAUGGGCUUGACUACACCAUACAAGGCAUCGACAUUGGACUCAAUGUCCAAAAGGAGCCUUGGUUCACAGCCAUCAACCCCAAUGGUCGUAUCCCUGUUCUUGUUGACCAUGACAACAACGGUCUCGCUGUUUUCGAAGGCAAUGCCAUCUUGAGCUACUUGACAAGAAAAUACGAUCCAGAGCAUAAGUUCUCGUUCAAGAUUGACGAUGAUGACUAUACUCGUGCUGAGUCGUGGAUUGGGUGGCAACAUGGUGGAAUUGGACCGAUGGAAGGACAGGCGUUUCAUUUCAAUGGUGUCAAGCCAGCAGUGCCAUACGCUAUACAACGUUACGUCGGCGAGGUAGAGCGUCUCUACGGGGUCCUCGACAAGCGUCUCUCAGAUCGAGACUACAUCGUCGGACCCGGUAGGGGCCGCUACUCCAUCGCAGAUAUCGCCCUGAUCGGCUGGACAGAUCGUCUACCACGCACAACAAUCUCGUAUGAUCAGUUUCCCAAUGUUAAGGCGUGGCUUGCUCGUAUGCUUGAGAGGCCUGCUGUAAAACGAGGCAUGUUACUUCCAAGUGGUAAGGACCAGCCGACAGGAUUGGACCCUGUGGACGAAGAGACGAGGAAGAGCCGUGCAGAGCUUAAGGAGGUUGUUGACAAGGCCAAGGAGCAAUUUGGAUACAAGUAUUCAUCCCCGUAA